AUGCGCGUAGUGUCCCCUCUGCUGGUUUUCUCAUUACUUUUCCCGGUUACGACUUGUAAGAAGGAGUCGUAUCGGUUGCGGCAGCCGUCUUCAGACAGACCGGAGGUCGGCCCAAGUCGCAAUCGAUUGCUUGGGGCAACCGAUGAUGAGGGUGAUGCCGGGCACAAAAGAGGUGAAGCCACGACGGAAGAGAACGACUCCUCGGAAGAGCGAGGACUUGACACAAAUGCUUUGUCGAAAACAAUUGAUGCUGCAGCGACUGAGACAACGCUGUCGUCUACGUUGGCUAAGGCGGGUGAAGUGAAAUGGUUGCAUGCGCCAACUUUGACAACAAAGGCUGCAGAGGCGACCAAGCUGGCGAAGAAGCGUGCCGAGCACCGCAUCGCACUCUUGAGGCAGCUUUAUGAAGCACACAAACUUACGGACGGGACCUCAAAGUUAUUGCUAAAAGGCGCUGUAGUUGACGGUAAAGCGGACGGGGCGAAAUCUCUCCGGCUGUCAUUUGAUCAAGAAAGACAGCUCAACCACGCCAUGAGUGUCGUACUUCGGGAUCAUUACACGGAGAAGCUGGAUUCCAAGAUUCGAGCGUCCGGUGUUCCAUUGACGCGCCAGGCUCAAGUCACACCGGCACGGUUUACUUACGGCGAAUACUUGGACCGUAUGAAGAAGAAAAGGGAACUUAAGCUUCACUGA